CCAGACGCAGAUACUCAAUACUUCAUAAAAUUUAUAGGAACUAUUAAGAAGAGUUUAAAAAGAUGGAUGGCAAGCAAAAACAAAGCUUGGAUUGAUGCAGUGAAGACAUCAGAUGGAACUGGUUGGGAAUGGAGCACAACGCAUGACAAGUUUUAUUUUAAAACUACCUAUCUUAGAAAAGAUGAUGAAUAUAUACCAAAUGGAAAGUAUAACAACUGGCAUAUAUAUUCGCCAAAUAAAGGAGAUUUUGCAGUGGUUGGGUCUGAUUUAGGAAUUUAUUCCUGGACUUGGGAAUCAGUUGCAUCGAAUAUCGAGGCCCAUUACAUUUGUCAAUUUAAAGUUCCACUGGAUUAUUACAAGGGAAGUUAUUUUAUAUUUUUCCCACCAACUGCAAGUCACUUACUGGCAAAUCGAUCAUGUAUUGGAUUGAAGGGCCACCUUGCAAUUAUACCAGAUGCAGAAACUCAAACCUUCCUUCAAACUAAAGGAGCUGCUUAUAAGAGUGAAGGAAAAUGGAUGACAUCUAAUAAUAUUGCUUUUAUUGGUGCAGUAAAGACAUCAGACGGAACUGGGUGGGAAUGGAGCACAACACAUGACAAGUUUUAUUUCAAAACUACUAACCGCGGAACAGGCCCAAAUAUUCAAAACGGGAAGUAUAAUAACUGGAAUGCACAGAAUCCUAGUGUGGGAGGUGUUUCCGCUGUUGGAUCAACAGUUUCAUGGAGUUGGUUAUCUGUGUUACCCACAACUGUGGCUCAUUUUAUUUGUCAAAUAAAGGUAAAAGGCACAAAAUUAGUUGCGUCCAAUUCCACUUUAUAUGUAAAGUAUAAAGAAGAUUCUGUGCUUUGUUCAUCUGAUGUCAUUCCUGGGCCCCCUGUCUCAUGGAAAAUAAACUCACAAGAUGUUUCAACAAACACAAGCGAACGUGUUUAUCAAAUAAUUACACAAGGAACUCUAAACAAAAAAUCAACAUCACAUUUGUAUUUAACUAGAAGUUUGCAUAAAAUUCUGGUGUUUAUACUUGCAAUGCUACUUCUCUUGAUCAAUCUACAAAAACUACUGUAAUCAUUGACAAGCGACCAAGAUUGUUGGAAAAUAAAUUAACCUCAUCAACCUAUACUUGCAAAUUUAUUGGUGAAACUUCACCAACCGUUCAUUGGAAAAUAAAUGGUGUAACAGUUGAACAAGGAGCCCCAUUCAUAUCCAAUACAGUGUUGAAUGAACAUGAAGUAUCAAGUC